GAUGACCUUCGAUGAGGUGGCUUUGCAUUUCUGUGAGGCAGAGUGGGGCCUCUUGGAUGAAGAGCAGAGGGAAAUCUACAAGGAAGUCAUGCAGGAAAAUUAUGAGACUCUGAUCUCCCUGGGUACGACUCUCGUACAUAUAAGAAGCUGUGCAGUCUCGGAAGUGUCUAUGGUCAGCUUCUGCUCAGUGUCCUUCCCUGCCUCCUUAGAAUUAGAAGAUCAGUCCCUGUGGUGCCCAGAACCAAUGCAAGAAGAGACCAUCCUCGCCAUACCAAUUCCCUUUCAAAGGAGGAUUCUGAAAUACAGCAGUGGAGCUAAUUCCCAGAGCUUUCUAUUGGGAUAGAAUAGUUUGUACCUAUACCCUCAUACUCUCACCAUUGUAUUACGUACUAAGACUGGCUUUGUCUUUGCAAGAGGGAAAACUCCUGUGGGAAGAGCCCUAGGGCUCAUUCUUGAACACAAAACCAGAGUUUCUAUGCAGGCUUAGAAAUGGAUAAGUAAUUUAAUUUUUACACUGUGUCAGUUGUCUUAUUUUCCUGUGUGUAGAGAUCCCUGAUUCUCCUUCAGAGAUUACAACACAUCUCCCAACAGUUACUAACUCUUCCAACAGGACUCAUGACAAUGUUCUCUUUAUUUGGAUUAUACCCUUGCUUCUAGUAAAACAACGUGGGCUUAUAAAAAUCAUGACCAUUCUUUGUGACAAGCACUCAAACAUUAGCCAGCUGUUAACACAUCUUUUCCAAUGACCAGGAUUUCCAAUUCCCAAGCCUGAGAUGAUAGCCCAGCUGGAAAGAGGGGAAGAGCCAUUUCUCCCAGAUCUCCAGCACUCUGAGGAAAUGGAGAUCCUGAUGGUCGACUGCACAGGAAACUAUGGGAUUGUGCAGGAAGGUCCUGAUGAAGACAUAGAGCAGCCUAGAACAUUAUCAGGCAGCAGAUCCAAAGGGAAUAUUUCCCAGAGUCCUGAGGAGAGAGACACCUCUGAUGGUCAGCACAUCUGUGGAGAAGACAGGCUGACCACCUGCACUGACUGUGGGAAGAGCUUCAGGCGGAGCUCAUACCUCGCUGCACAUAAGAGAAUCCACACAGAGGAGAGACCCUUCCAAUGCGCUGAGUGUGGGAAAAGAUUCACCGCCAGAUCAACCUGCAACCAGCACCAGAGAACCCACACCAGGGAGCCGCCCUACAGCUGCAAAGUGUGCGGGAAAAGCUUCGGCUUCAGAUCGGCACCCAGCAAACACUUGAGAACCCAGACAGGGGACAGGCCAUGCAAAUGCACGGAGUCUGGGAAGAGCUUCAGAGACAGCUCCGCCGUCGUCGAGCACCAGAGGAUGCACAGUGGGGAGCAGCCCUACGCGUGCAGAGAGUGCGGGAAACGCUUCCAGCGGAGGUCGCACGUCACUAAACACCAGAGAAUCCACACAAGAGAAAAAUCCUAUAUAUGUGAAGAGUGCGGGAAAGGGUUCACAGAGAGUUCAUACCUUACUAACCAUCAGAGAAUCCACACAAGGGAGAGACCCUUCACAUGCAGGGUAUGCGAGAAACGCUUCAAUCAGAGCUCCACUCUCUUCAAACUUCAGAGGACCCACACGGGGGAGAGACCCUUCACAUUCACCAAAUGUGGGAAGGGCUUCCGUGGGAGCUCAGCCCUUACUCAGCAUCUGAGAAUCCGCACGGGAGAGAGACUCUAUGCCUGCAGGCUUUGCAAGAAGAGCUUCAGUUGGAGUUCACAUCGCAUUGCACAUCAGAGGAUCCACACGGGGGAAGAGACUCUUCCCAUGCGCUGAGUGUGGG